AGAGGAACAUUAAGAGUAUAUCUUUCGCUUUGUUUUUUCUUUGUGCAUUUUAUCUGUUCUGUUGACUUUCACUGCUAUAAUCAAGUGAUUACCAUCUAAGCGGUGCCAAGUUAUCGCUUCGAUGACUCGAUUGAGGGGUUCCUCCAAUUACAGUCGGUGAACGAUAGUCAUUUUUUUAUUCACUUUCAAUUUUUUAAAGCGCCAAGAAUUGCACUAAUAAUUUGAGUGUAAAAGCAGCAAAAAGUUUUUUAUUUUUUCAUUAUUUUAUUUUCACAAAGUUGAAAUGCAAUUUCGUAUCACAUUUCAAAAACCUAUUUAUUUAUUUAUGUUUGAUGCAAACUCAACUUUCUAGAGAGUAUUCAUCUUCACUGAUAAUGUUAUUACAAUUUGCAAACAGGGAAAGAGAUAAGAAAUUCAGGAAUUUUAAUUGCAACUUUCCCAGUUUCGUAAAUCAAACUUUGUAUCAGUGAAUAGGUAAAUUAAACAGUGCUUAUGCGCAUUCCUCACUUGAUAAAUUUUAUCAUUUAAUGUGUAAUCAAUCUGCCCACGUCUCUUUAACUUUGUAUGCGUGUUUUUUUUUAUAAUUUCUGACAUUGAGAAAAUUUCGUUGUCAUAUAAAUCAGAGCAGAGGGAGAUUUGUGGAUUAACUGGGAUUUCGUAAUGGAGAAGAAGUGCGGCAAGUUUCGACAAAAAUUUAUGACGGAUCUCAUUUGCUCAGAAAUGUUUGUAAACUCUGUUUUCAACAGAUCGACUCUCAUAAGGCAUUUGCUCAUUUUAAGAAAACACACUUAGAGAAAUAAAUGAGCACUUCCGGUAGCAAAUACUGUGUUUGAUAGGUUCUCACUUGGAGAUAAAAGCUUGCCAUUCAUCCCUAGAAACUUACAGUUCUCCAAGGACGUGUUCAAAAUAGCAAGAGUAAAAUUGUGGCAAAACGUGAUCGUGUGCACUUAAAUUGUUCUCAAAAGAGACUACAUGAAUUUUCCCGCUUCUAAUUUUAAGGGUAAUAAUAAUCAGGGACAAAUUUUGGGGGAAUUUGCAAAGUAAAAAUUGUUGGGCCAAAUAGAGUUUUCAGUUAACCGCACUGUGUUGUGUGCCUUCGUCUAAAUUUCCAAUUAGCACUUUGGUUCGUAACAGACGUAUAAUAGUAUGAGUGGAUGGAAGCGAAAUGGUAUGCGAAACGCAAAUUUAAUGAAAAUUCAAUUAAGCGUUCCUUCCGUAAAUCGUCCAUGGAAUCAGUACAGCUCCCAUAUCGGCUUAAACCCUGAAUUGUUGAGCGAUUCUGGCACAAAGAAACCCUCAUUUAGUUGUAAAAGAAGAAAAUUUCAUAAAUGAAAAUUAAUUUUAUCCGUAACUGAUGAUAAUUGAUGAUAAUUGAUGAUAAUUUAUUUCAUUAUCUCCAUGUGUAUCUUCAUUUAAUAAUGAUUAUUAAAUUUUCAAUUUAUAUUCUUUUUUAAUUGACUACCGGUGUAUAGAAUAAACUUUUUCUUCAAUUAUAUUUGAUAAUGAAAGUGAAUUUUUCAUAAGCUAUUACUGCAAAUUGAAAAGCAGAAAAUUGAAACAGAAAAGUGUUUGUUUUACACUUCUUGAGACAGCCAGAGGGGAAAAUUUCAUCUCGCAGAUAAUACAUUUGGAUUUGGUGCAAACGGUCUGGUCCGUUAGCUAAUAUUUCAAGUAAUUGAGAAAUAUUCUCCAUUCCAUUUAUUUGCAGCCACCAGCCAAUCAAUGUCUCUUUUGAUUUGAGCUGAACAGUAUUUUCUAUGAGUCACCAGUGCGACACUCUUACGCAUUGAGCUAUUAUUGUAUCAGUUACACAUCUUUAUUAUUAUCACCUAUUCAUAAUCUGUUGUUGUUGUUGUUGUUGUUGUUGUUGUAAUAUUAUUUAAAUCCUUCUGUAUAGCGAGAUGUGGGUGUCGGGUGACGAAAUAAAAAAAAGCAUAUGCAACCUAGGUCAACUUGUUCUAGAAGAUUCCCGACGCGACGAGACGAGACGCGACGCGACUCGACUCGACGCGUGCUAAGAGAAUCUUUUGAAUAGCUUAAUUCACACGCAAAUCUACAUAUACUUAUAAUGUAUGGUAAUCACUUCUUAUUUGACUAGAAUUUUUUUCAUUUUUCAAAAAAUAAUUCACAGUUAUUUUUGUCAUGCAAUAUUUUUUAUUUUCCCUCUGUAUACAGAUUCUGCUAUUUGCAGGAUCUAUAUAAAAGAUAAAUAUAACGUUGCAAUAUAUUAAACAUCGUUAUCGCGAUAUUCCAGCGAUAAAUAAAUUCGAUCCAAGAGUAAACAACUAUCAGUGUGUUUGGUUCCUCGAAUAAAUUGUCACAUCCGGACGGGAAUGAUUAACAAUCUAAUCGCAAUUCGAUCUGCUAUGCAUUUUGUUUUAUUAAUUCUUCACAUUUUUUCUCUUCCUAUUAACAAUGGAAUGAUAUUGAUCGAGUCAAUUUUAAAAUAACUUGUAAAUGUGUGCAUUUGAAAUUUUAGAAAUUUUAAUUUAUUAUAAAAAUGAAAUUAUCUAAAAAUGACAUUAAUUUCUGGUGGUUCUUGCUUUAUCUUUUAUAUUCAGUGCAGCAUGAUAUGCACGUACUGUUAAAUAUAAAAACUAGUACGAUAAGUUUCUUUUAUGUUUUCUGGAAACGUGUCUGCUUCUGCGGUUUACGCACAGACACGUUUCUUCAAACUUUUGCACCUAUAUUAAUAAAUCAGUAUAUAUAUACUAAUAUCUUGGAAAGUGUGAAAAACUACAUUUUUCAACGAAACGUUGUCAAAACUAUGGAUUUUUUCUUGCAACAACAAUUGACAGUGUGUAAUAAAAUGCAAUUGUUUUUUUUUUGUAAUUCAAUGUUAAAAUGCGUUUUAACAAUUUGUUUUAUAUUUCAUUUUUUAUAAGAAAAUCGUGUAAGAUGUAUUGCUCGUUUAUAUAAGAGUCGAUCGAAUUUUCUGCUCUUUAAGCUGCUAUUGGCUUGUGUGCUUCUUAAGUUCUUCAAUGAACUUUUAUUGGUAGUUGGAUGAAAGAUCCCUUGUGGCUAUUAUUUUAGUUUACGAUCACUUUUGCGCCUGUUUGUGCAAUUUUUAUGUUACACCAUGUCGCCAACUUUAAGAAACGCUGAAGUAGUAAAGACUUAGAAAAUUGGCUUCGCGUCGAAAUGUGGAGGAGGAAGACAAAGAAGUGAGGCGAAGAGUUUUAUAGUGCAACACAUAUUAACGCUUACGUGUGAGUCGUCUUAAUUAUAUUGAACCACAUUGAAGGCUUUAAUACCUGCUCUUACAAUGUCUGGUCCUGCAUUUACGUGGCCGUAGCCACUGCUUCUCUCAAAUUGGACUCAGACCACACUCACAAUGACUACAUCUCGUGCAGCUGCAUUUCUCGUCCUCUCCUGCUUCAUCGGGGUUCAUGGUUCACCUUGUCCGGAAGAUAGCGUGGCUGCAGAAGAUGGAAGAUGUAAAUGUGUGGCACCCUGUCCUACUGAUAAAUGUCGACCGGGUCAACAACCUGUCCCGGUGAGAGCUGCUGAUCCAGAAACUCCUGGGAGCUGCUGCCCUCUCUACAAAUGUCUUCCCUCAGAGUCUGUAUCGUGGUUGGGUGAGGAGGACGAGCAGGAACUUUUGAGUUGCACAUCAGAUUCAGGUCUCCUUCGAUCAGAUGGUGAAUCCUGGCAGCAGGGAGAAUGCGUGAACUGCAUAUGCGAGAGGGGAAAAGUCUCCUGUCAGGCGACCAUGUGCAAAAGCUGCGAGAAGCCAACAUCGCCGGCACCUGGAGAAUGUUGUCCUCGUUGCCCCCCACUGCACAAUGCCACCGCCAAAUGUAAAACGCUCGCUGAUUGCAAAUUACAAUGCAGCAACGGCUACAUUAGCGACAACAACAAUUGUCCACUUUGUCAGUGUGUUGACGCAAAGACUCCGGCAGACAGUGCAAAUAGAGAGGGAAAGAUUUGCCCACAACUACCACACUGCGGACUGAAUUGUGAGCUCGUUGAGGACGAGGACGGUUGUCGUGUGUGUGGCUGCACAACUGAUAUUCCGACAACCUCUGCUGAAGAUCGAGAGAGGAAGGAAAGCGAAGAGGACAAAAUCGUCUGCUCGGAACUCAAGUGUGAUCUUCACUGUGAAAACGGUCUCCUCAUGGAUGAGAAUGAUUGCACUCUUUGCCAAUGCAAACCCUCCCAUCCAGGAUGUCCGGCCAUGAGCGAUUGCAAAAAGAAGUGUUCUUUUGGAUACAAGGUCAACAAACGGGGAUGCUCGAUUUGUCGAUGUCGAGCAUCUUGUAUCGAUCAACACAAUAAGACUCAUCCGGAAGGAUCGAGGUGGGAACUAAAUUCUUGCACAACGUGUAGUUGUGAUGCAAGUGGACGACUCAGCUGCAAAGAGAAGCCCCCGGAGCCUGGCAAUUGCUGUCCCAUUUGUCCAAUCACAAUGGAAAACGAGACGGAAAAUGCAUAUUCAGGUGCCAAAAACUGGGGCACAGUGCCGAUAACACUAAUCAUCGUGUUAGCAUUGUUAUGCGUUAUCCUUAUCAUCCACAUAGUCAGGAAUAAAUUUCGGGUUCGAUUAUCACCAACUGUCACUUCCUAUACACCAUAUCCAUCUCAAUACUAUAAAUGUGUGCCAAUAUAUGACACUCCUGUUCAUCAAAAUGAAAAAAUGGUUCGCCUGUGAGAAAUACGUUUCUGCAAUGGAUAUAUGUGAAACUAUCGAAUCUAUCGAAUCUAUCCUCCGAGUCACUGCCGAUAAUAAAUAAUCAAUAUUUUUUUUAAACCUUCCAGGAAAGAAACACAACUUUCUAAAAUUUCUGUGCGAAUAAACGAAUAAAAUUCGAAAUUAUUUUAAACGGCUUACCGUAACAUUGUUGUCCGUGUCCAAGCUUGCGAAGAAUCUGCAACAAAAUAUUUGGAAAAGUUUAAUUUUUCAAUGCACUCUUGUCAAAGUGAAGAUUUUUAUAUCUAUCGGAAAAAACAUGUUGAAGAAUAAUAUCCUCCUACUUGCUGCAUAAACAUAUUAAGUAACUCAUUACAUAUCAUUUUCAUAUUGUAUUACACACUAAACAUCACGAAAAUUUGUUUUUUUCUCUGAAUUCAUGUUUCAUAUUUCUUCACAGUUAGCUUUCUAGAAUUGUUACAAAUUGACAUUGAGAUUCUAUGUGAAAAGAGAAAGAGUUUCUUUGUACAUAAAAGGAGAAGAAAAAUGAAAUCCUACGCGUAGUACAAAUUACCUUAAGUUAAUUAUUUGAUGCUGAAGGUUUAUUGUACUAUUUCAAGUCGAUUCGAUGCAAUUCUGAAAAUACGAUAAUUGGAACAAGUACCAUGUACUUGAAAUAAACUCGAAUUCUAGCGCAGUGGUUCGGAAAUUGCAAUUCAAGCUGCAAAGUCUCUAAUUGGAAUCUACGAUUUUAUUGUAGUUUCAAAAGGCAAUAAGCUGGACUGAAACCGGCGUGACUCGAGAUAGAAAAAUGUCACAUUUAUAAGCACCUAUAAAUGUUACAGUCUGCGUACGUCCGACUCAUCCUUACAGCUGUUGUAUUAAAAGUUAGACGAAAUCUCCAACAAGCUGUGAUGAAAAAUCUCAAUUGAUAUUAUUGUGAAAAAUACAAAUAUUAAUUGUACUAAUGUCUUUACGUGCAAUUUACUGUAAAAUAUGAUGGACUACUAGUAUUAAGUAUUUAAUCUUAGUUACUUUGAUCUCUGGACCAUUACUUUGUUUUUUUUCUUUUUUUCUUUUUUUCAAAGAGAGCAAUAACUUUUCAUACCUGUACAAGAUUUAAAGCAAACGGUUUAUUGCAAGUUUUCAGAGAGACAGAUUCAUAUUGUUUAUUAUAUAUAUAUCGACAUAAUGAGUUCGUUAUUUACUCACCGAAAUGCGCGCGCAAUUGUGUGAGAGUGUAUGUGUGUGGUAUAAAUAUUUGUAUAAAUUUUAUGUGCGGUUAAACAUUCUUUUUCUCUGCUGUAAUCUCGGUUAUUUUUAAAAAAAAAUUUAUUUUCAUUAAGAUAUAGUCUCAAAUAACAACUGAAAUAAUAAUAAGAGAAAAUAGAAUUUAUAAAAAAAAAAAACCAAUACUCUAGUCAUAUAUAUGUAUGCAUGAAGACCUAUUCUGCUAAAAUAAUUAAAACUGAACCACAAAUGUUAUACUAUAUUUUCCAUAAAAAAAAAAUCAAUGUUUUAUUCGUUUUUAUUUAUCUAACUUUCAUGAGUCCACUGUUAACAUUAGGUUAAAAUUAAAACUGUGUUAUUAGACUAUUCUCUCUUAUUUCCUAUCACCCUUUGCUAUCAAAUACAAGGGCUUAGAUUUAAGUGCGCGUUUCAAAAAUCGUUAACAAUUUCUAUUCUAUAAUAUACAUAAUUAUAAGACAAUUUACUUUCAAAUCUUGAAUAAGAUUUAAAAAUUGAAAAAAAGAAAUCUGAUAACAAAGAGAAAUUUUCCACGUAUUAUCCAAAAAGCUUAUUGUAUUAAUUAUUCGCAACAUUAGUAUUUUUAGAUAAUAGAAAUUUUUGAGUUUGUACUCGAAAUAAUUUUGUAAAGUAAAUCGUUUUUAAGUUUAAAGGAAAAUAUUGUCAAUCUAGAAAAUAAAGUAUAUAAUAUAACUAAAAGUAUUUCCUAUCCAGAAAUCUUACACACUUUCAUUGAUUUUUUGGAUUGUAAAAUAUUAAAACCAAACACUGUAUACACUGUAAAAAAUGAAUCUUACUUUCAGUUCACUUUUGACUAAAACCGUUUACAUUUAGAACCAUUUUCGACUGAAUCUUAGCCUUGAGAGUAUUAUUUUAAGUUCUAAAGUUAUGACUUAAUUUUAAAUGGAUAGACUACUAUUCAAUCAUUUUGGUUUUGAAGAUGUAAAUGGUUUAAUAUUUUCUUUUUUCUGUGCAUGUAAAAUAAGUCCCUUGAAACAUGUGAAAUUUUUAGUUUAUUAAUAAUUUAAAAACGAGAACUACGUUGAUAAAUUUAUUGAAAACGUGAUAAACUGUACUUUACGUAUUUUACACUAUUCUUAAAAAAAACUUACACAUAUCCACGUACCUAUACACGCAAUGCUAUAUAAAUAGAUAAUUGUCUUCUUAAACUGAUAUACAUAUAUUUUUUCAAUGUGACCCUGACAUACGACAAGCGACACAAAAUCGUAGAAAGUUUAGAAUUAUUUAUAAUGAUCAUCAUAAACGCGUAUACAUACAUAUAUAAUAAUAUAUAAUAAUUGUCAAAAAAUUGUAUAGGUAAAAAUUUCGUAUAAUUAUAUAUAUGUGUAUGUACCUUGGAGACAAUAUUUAUUACAAUUUAAACUACAGUAAUAGUAGGGUAUAAUAUAAGAGUAAGCGUAUCAAAAAAGUAUGUGUGUGGAUUCAGAAAGCAAGUAGUCUUUUUUUCAACUAAUAUUCCGCUAUUACACUGAAAAAAGUUUGUUAAUUAACUAUUCUACGUAAUUCAAUUGAUCCUCGUAUUUCGUUAUUUGCAUUGUCUAUUACAUAGAUGUAGUUGGAUCUAUUAACAAUAAGAAUGUAGUUGGUAUUUUCAAGACAAUGAUUUGGCCGAAUUUAAGAUAGUGAUUCAGUAGGCAUCAGAAACAUUUCUAGAAAAAACUAUAAUAACUAUAUCGCCUUUUUUAAAUUCUUACUUCUAAACUCGAUGACAAAUUUUUUAUUAAAAUUUACCAAAAUAAAAGGCACUAAAGAAAUGUUCUUGAAGUCUGUCUCGAAUCACUUUGAGUGUAAAUAAUUUUUAAAUUUUUAAUAAAAAUUUUAUUCACAAAUACUGAAUCAAGGAAAGUAGUGAAAAUUUACUCUAAACAUAAAAUGUUAGUUAUCUUUACAACUAGCAUAUAUCAAUAGAAUAUUAUAAAACUGUACCCAUCAACGAUAGUUGAAUUUCUCAUAAGCUUUAUUUUUUUCAGUGUAUUAUUCGAAAUAUUACGGUUUUGAUGGAAAGAAGCUUUAUAUGCAAUAUUCAAACGAAAAUUUGAUGACAAUUAAAUUGGAAGUAUAGGUAGUUGAUAUCUUUAUUUAUGCAAAUAACAUAUCCCAGUUGUUAGAAAAAAUUGUAUGUAACGUUUUAAAAUUUUAUCAUUUCCGAAAUUAAAUAGAUUAAUUUCAACAACGACCAAUAGAAACAAGAAAACUAUAUUAUAAAGAUUUAAUAGAGGACAAAAAUGGCUAAAAACUUUAGAGAGUUUAAUUCGACAAAAAAAUAUUUCCUUGUAACCCAUCAGAAAUAUUCAUUAUACGCAUAGACACGACAAUGUUAGCUCUUGUAUAUGUUAAAUGAAAUUGAAUAAAAGCUAAAUAAAAUUGUUGAUACCGUAAGAA